AGGCAUUGUGGGAAUCCAUGCAUCGGCCCAUUGAAUGUAUUAAAAUUUUUCUAUUUUCUACAAUACUGUAAGUUCAUGACGUCAUUAAGUAAACAAUUGCUUCGUCUGUACGCUCGUUAGCUAUUCUCAAAUCGCAUUUUCCCGUAUCUCCGACUAUGAAGCGUAAAAAAGGUGUGAAUUUGUAACAGUUUCGGCCCGUGUUGAUGGUGGAAAAACAUUCUAAUUAUUUCGGAAGUGCUGAAACCCAAAUUAGCGUGUUUGUGCGGGUUCGUUCGUGAAAUUUUGAUUCAAAGGGUUUUAUGUGCGUAGAUCUCUAUUCUGAGCCGUGUGUGGUAAUGUUUUCCUUCAACAUGUCUCCCAAACCCAUUUCUUUUGUUGAUGCCCCCUUAAUUUUUUAAUGAAAAUAUCUAACUGCUCUAUUUGUAAUGGACUUCAAAUUAAUUGGUUCACCUUGUGGGCAACAUGGGCCUUAUACCUUUUACAAAGCUUUCAAAUAUUCCAAAAAUGGCAAACCUAAUAUCCUUGCUAUAAGUGAGUUUUUCUUCGUGAAAUUAUGGAAUGAUUCGGAUUUAGUUAGCAUUGGUGAAUUACAGUUACUGUGGGAGGAUAAAACUAGUGAGCAGACACUUGCAAGUGUUCGCCUUUACAUACUGCCUGAAAACACCCCGGAGGGUAGAAAUUACAUCCAUGGAGAGGACGAGGUUUUGGCGAUCACAGAGAAAGUGGUUAUCCGAUUGGAAGACUUGCUGACAUGGAUCUACGAAGCAACGGAUUGGGGGUGGGGCCUGGGGGCCGUGUGGACCAAAGACGGCCCAGAGAAGACGACUCUCACAGGGUCCAACUCAAACACUGGCAUAGACUUCUCAGAUGUAGAGCAAGAAAAGGAGCAAUUAGAUGAUUCUCAUUGGGAAACAAGUAUCGGUGUAGUUGUUCUUAGUUAUCCACGCUACUGCCGCUAUAGAGGAAUCCUCAAGCGAUUAGAAGGUGUACACAACAAAUGGCUGAGGACAGCGCUGGUGAUGGCCCUCGGUGGCAUCGCCUCCCCCUGUAAAAAUACUAGAGUUCUCUUCUGUAAAGAUACCUUCGACUACCCUGACCUUGAAGGCCACGAACUUCUGUGCAAUCAUUUAGCUCCAAAAAUAAGAUGCAAAUCAAAAAGAAAAAGAAAAUUCCUCAGCUUUGCUCCAGAGGAAUCGGAUACAGAAUCAGAAACAUCCUCUUCUUCCUCAUCCUCUGAAUCUUCGGAAUCUUCUCAACAGCAAGCGGCUGCUGCACAGAAACACAGUCUUCUCAAUGCUUCAAGAAACAUUCCACAUAGUGGUAGCGCUCAAGAACAAAGCUUCCUAGCCAGUUUGUACAACUUCAUGAUGAACCGACGAACACCUAUUGGUGGUUUGCCCAUGGUUGGAUUCAAAAAACUAGAUCUAUUUCGACUUUAUGAAAAAGUCAGGCUCAUGGGUGGCUAUGACUCAGUCACAACUAAUCGGCUAUGGAAGUACGUAGCGCAAGAAGCUGGUAAUUCAAGUUUUUGCAAACGGCACUAUGAAAAGUAUCUUCUUCCUUUUGAGAGGCAUAUGUCAGACAAGAAGCAGCAGAAGAUUCAGAUAGAGAACAAAUGCAAGCAGACUGGAGAGGAUCCCAAUGUCGUCCGGAAACGAAUGCAACUUGAGAAUCGCAAUGCGGCAUUGCAAAAUAUUCGCCUAAUGCCUGUAGAAAAACCUCGUGAUAAAGAAAACAUCCCAUUGCGCAGGAUCCGUCGGGAACCUCGCACCCCACCAGAAAUCAUCGAUCUCGUUGAGGAAUCAGCUGCAAAGAAGGAAGAUGGCUCGUCUUCUUCAAAGAAGCAGAAACUCGACAUUCUCCGCGAAGGCGGCCUGGAAGUUACACCAGUCACCACUAACAGGGACGAAGGCGGCCCGUCCACUGUUGUCAAACCUCCACCACCUCCCUCAAGUCCUGGCAAAAUCUCAAUCACUGUCACGCCGGACGUGAGUCACAUGUUGAGCGGUGGCGCUACUAUCCUUCCUGCAACUUCUGAGGUGCGACCGAAGUUUGCUAACUUUGUACCACCUCCUCAGUCGUCCACUCCAUCCACAAACGGACGCUCGUUACCCCCACCAAUCAAAUCUGCGUUCAACUUCAGUGACAAGACGGUCUAUGGCAACCCAAAAGAUAUCUUCCGUGGGAAUCCGAUAAAGAAAGACAUAGCACCGUUCUUUAAAAACAAUAAAAAUAUUAGUUUGAUCGAGGUUCACAGCGACAUGCCUGUGAAGAAAUUGCAUCCUAAUUUAGGUAGUGAAAUUAAGUUUAGUAAUGCGGGGCGGUCAAAAGGUAAUUUUGUUUCUAUAUCGCAACCAUCGAGUAGUAGGAGUAAUGGGUCUUGCGAAGUGCUAGACUUGACGGUCAAAAGUGAGACGCCAAUUUCGUUCCCAAAGAAGGGCUCCAAUUUAGAAAUCACUCUCAUUCCUCGUCCUAGUGGGUCUGUGGAAAAACCUAGGAAUUUGCCUGUGCAGUCGAUGCCACCCUUCCCCAAAGCCAGCAGUACAGCUAGCAAAAGAUCUCAAAAACCAGUCCAGCUCUUACCAGCGGCUUCCACAAGCGGGUCACGAGCCGGACAACGGCCGCCAGUAGCGGAACCCUCGGUCUCCGCAUUUAUUCCGGGUGUCAUGAAUCCUGUCUUGCUCCAAGCACUUUACAAUGGUCUCAUUCCACCGCAGCUGUUAUCCCAAUCCCUGUUUCCACAAGCGAAUCAGUCAAUGCAGGCGUAUAAAGAAAUGAUGAAGAACAGCAGGAACAAGAAUGCAUUCCCUCCCUAUUUUCAAGACGGUUCAACCUCGAUCACACGAAUCGGAGACAACUCAACUCCUACGUCAAAGUGAACAUCUCGCCCGUGCCAUAGACGCUGAAUCGCCCUUUCUCUCUCUCUAGUUAAACCGAAUGUCCCUACAGUAAAAAAUUUAAGCGUCUUGUAGCAGGCUUGAGUAUCAAUGUAAAACCUGGCUUGCAUUGUGAAACUAAAGUGAAAUCAAGGUUACCAGAUUGUGCGGACAAAUUUAGAUAUUUUACAUGGGUUUGAAUUGAGGAAAGCACUGUCCUUUCAGCAUUAUCUGACAGUAGUGACAACUCGAAUUGAAACUGGUUGUUUUUCAUUAUUUAGUCGUAUUUUCAUUCUAUGAGUUGGAUCAAGUAAAGAAAAAGUUUAUCGUGAAAGUUUCUUUGGAAAAAACCAGUUCUUGAGUCGCAACGGAGAAAAGAAAAAACUAUCCUUCAUCUCAACUUUUUUAAUACAAUAUUUAACACUUUCCUCGUUCUAUUCUUGAAAUCGAUUGUACGAUAGACGUAUUAGUCUUAUCAAUGUUAUGCCCUACCUUCACUUAUAAAAAAUCUGAUUUUUGUUUGAAAAAUAAGUUGAUUCUGUUGGGCUAUUAGAAAAAUAGGCCCUACUAGCGUUAUUUUCUUGUUUUCUCACAGGUUUGCUUUAGUAAGAAUUCGAGAAAGGAUUGAAGACUAUGAUAUUUACAUAAAAUUCACACUCUCCUGAUCAAUAUACUCUGUACCUAUUUUUUCGCACAAUCUGUUUUUCAGAAUUUUAGAGUUUACUGCAAUUUUUAAUGUUAAUCUUGAAGGCGUGAAAAUCUGAUACACGUAAAAUGUAAUGUUGUCUUUGAGGGAAGUUUAUAAGACUUCAUGGUCUCAUUUUCUGACGAAUUUGAAGUGACUUUCUAAUCAUUGAAUUUUUUGUGUUUAUCCUUCAUUUUAAAUUUUAACUUUGGCGAGGUGUAUUUGAAGUACCUAUUUCUCAGUUGAAUCAGUAAUUUUUAUUUUUUUUCAUUCUAAACCCGCGUAAUAUUGAAUUAAGAUAGCUAAGUGAAGUAUCAAUUUGUAUUUUCUUAUUUUAGCAAUUUGUUUUGGGAUUUCAUUGUGGUCCAAGGGUUAAAUUCAUAGUUGUUCAUUAGACAGCUUAUUUCCAUAGGAGGUCUUGUACGGUUUACAUUUUGACAAGGUGAUCCCCGACAUAUCAUCAUAAAAAGGACAAUUUUAACUCUCUCGAGAAAAUAUUCAACAGUAUAACUUUGGAAAUACAACCCUCCAAGGAGUUUUGAUGCUUUGCCUCUACAAAAAAUUAAAGUGCAUGAAAAAAAAAAUCACUAGUUUUGACUAUUUUAAGGUAAAUUUGACCUUCUUUAAUUUUUUCAAAAUCGUAGGAUUUUUUCCUCUGUAUUAUUUACUUUUUGCAGUGGCUAAUUAUUAUAGUCUUUCGUAGAGAUGCAAUUCUGUAGUUAUACCUCUGAAUUUUUUCAAGGUUUGCCAAAACCGUCCUUUAUAUGAUGCCAUGUUGAAGGCUUCCUUGAAUCCCUGCGUGGAGCUGUUUAUUAAAGAGCAACUAUAAAUAUGGCUCUUUAUUCAGGGAAUCAUUGUGGUCUAACUGUUGUCUAAUCCUUUUGGAAAAUCCACAAGAAAGAAUGUCCAGCAUGAUCACCUGACAAAUGACCAAUCAUCGCUCUUUGCUCAUGACAGUCUUACAACUCUUUGCUGUAACCAAGUGCAAAAAUCGUACAAUGGUCUGCAAUGCAGAUGUGUUCAAAAUAAAUAGCUGCCAUCUUACUUGAUACCAUGUACCUUCAAAAGGUUCAUUCUGAAGCAGUCCGUCCAAUGUUUUCCCGCAAAACAUCUUUAAAGAAUGGUUUCUAGUCGUUGAAGUUUAUCUUUUUUCACUCUGUACCUUGUUUGGUCUCCAUAAUUUUAAUCGCGCUAAGACCAAAUAGUUCGGUUUUCCCCUGUACUAUUUCUUAAUCGCAUUUGCCAUCUAAUUGUCUUUCUAUGAACUCAAAUUAAUCUCAACUUACCACGAAAAAUGUAUUUUUGUUAAAUCCUUGCCCCUAUCGGAACCUGCCAAUCUAAUUUUUAAAUGAAGCUUAUAAGAUGGUAACUGCCCAACUUAAUCGUGUUUUAAAUAUUUAGAGCUAAACCUUUCAAAACUAGGUAAGAUCUGAUCGUUGUUAUGUAAAACUUACUUUUUUUUAUUUCUCUGUCUUUCCACUGAUGUUGAUGUAUGAUUUAAUUUCUAUCAUCAAAUUGUUUCUAGGAUCCAAUUUUCACAAACUGUUCAAAUUAGGAAGAAAUGUCUGUGAAGUCCUAGAUGAAAUUACUAUAAUUAAAGAGUUUGAGAAGGGUGUAGAAGCUCCUUUUUGGAGUGAGACGAUUUUAUAAAUAUGUAAAUACUUUAGCUUAAGCCUUAUAAAUAGUGCAAGGUUGUAAUCUUAUUCAUGACUUUGUGUGCUAUCACAAACUUUUGCUUUGUAAUUUUUUUUUUAUCAUUAUGUUUACCUUACUUUUUUCUCACCUUUGUGUUUGGAGAGAUAUUUCUGUUUCUUCUUUCGCUGUUCCAAAUAAUUCGAAGGCUACAAAUUGGUCACUUUUCUCCCUUAUUUACUCAUGCCUCCUCAUAUUUUUUUGUAUAAAUUUAACCGUCAACAUUUUUCAAAAUUCACCCCGACAAUUACUUACAUACUGGGCUGUAAAAAUGUGCCCGUUGAAGAUAGUGAAACUUAGAAAUUUUGGUGCCCAAAAAAAUUUCUUUGAAAUUCUGUCCCAUUGCAAGUCUGAA